ACGUUCUAGAAACCCUAAUCCUCUCCCUAGAACUCUCUCGUCUCUCACUCAUCAUUUUUCUUCCCCAUUUAUUAUGCUCUUCGUUUUCAAAUCGUCUGCUAUUUUGUGAUUCUCUGAGAUUCCCAAAACCCUACUGCUAUUCGAUUUAAACCUCACAAUUUGAUCAACAAUGGCAGACGAAGCGAAGGCGAAAGGAAACGCCGCGUUCUCCGCCGGCAAUUUCGACGACGCCGUCGCCCACUUCACCGACGCCAUCGGCUUAGCCCCGACCAACCACGUCCUCUACUCCAACCGAUCCGCCGCCUACGCCUCCCUCAACAAAUUCUCCGAGGCACUCUCCGAUGCGGAGAAGACCGUCGAGCUCAAGCCCGAUUGGGGCAAGGGCUACUCUCGCCUCGGCGCGGCGCACAUGGGCCUCCGCAGCUACGACGACGCCGUUUCGUCAUACAAAAGGGGCCUCGAGAUCGAUCCCAACAACGACGCCCUCAAGUCGGGUCUCGCCGAUGCGGAGGCCGCUUCUUCCCGGAGCUCCAGGACCCGCGGCGGCGGACCCGGGUCGAACCCGUUCGGGGAGGCGUUCGGGCCGGAGAUGUGGGUCAGGCUUUCCAGCGAUGCGGGUACACGGGAGCUUCUUCAGCAGCCGGAUUUCGUCAAAAUGAUGCAGGAUAUUCAGAAGAGCCCGAAUAAUCUGAACUUAUAUUUGAAAGAUCCGAGGGUUAUGCAGGCUUUGGGGGUUCUGUUGAACCUCAAGUUCCAGGCAAGGGGAGCAGAGGAUGAUGAUGCAGAAACGGCGUCGCAGUCGACAUCUGGUGGCGGUGGUGGUGGUUCGCCGGAGAGGAAGAGGGCCGCGGAAUCUGAGGCGGUGAAGGAGGAGAAGAGUUCGGAAACGGAGGGUGAGACCGAACCGGAGCCCAUGGAGGUUAUGGAUGAAGAGAAGGAGAAGAGGGAAAGAAAAGCGUUGGCUCAGAAAGAGAAGGAAACUGGGAAUGCUGCUUAUAAAAAGAAGGAUUUCGACACAGCCAUUGAUCAUUACUCGAAGGCUAUCGAGCUCGACGAUGAAGAUAUCUCGUUCCUUACUAAUCGCGCUGCUGUUUAUCUUGAGAUGGGAAAGCUUGAGGACUGCAUUAAAGACUGCGACAAAGCCGUUGAAAGGGGUAGAGAACUUAGAUCAGAUUACAAGAUGGUAGCUAGGGCUUUGACUAGAAAGGGAACUGCGUUGUCGAAGAUGGCCAAGUCUUCAAAGGAUUACGAACCCGCCAUUGAAGCUUUCCAGAAAGCUCUAACCGAGCAUCGGAAUCCAGACACCCUUAAAAAGCUCAACGAUGCCGAGAAAGCUAAGAAAGAGUUAGAGCAACAGGAGUACUUUGAUCCACAAAUAGCCGACGAGGAGCGCGAUAAAGGCAACCAGUAUUUUAAAGAGCAGAAGUACCCUGAGGCGAUUAAGCACUACACUGAAGCGAUUAAGAGGAACCCUAAGGAUUUCAAGGCGUACAGUAACAGAGCUGCUUGUUACACGAAACUCGGGGCGAUGCCUGAGGGACUGAAAGAUGCUGAGAAGUGCAUUGAUCUCGAUCCGACAUUUACGAAAGGAUAUAUCAGAAAAGGUGCUGUUCAAUUUUUCAUGAAGGAGUACGAGAAAGCCCUUGAAACUUACCAGGAGGGGUUGAAGCAUGAUCCUAGAAACCAGGAAUUGCUCGAUGGUGUCAGGAGAUGUGUAGAACAGAUAAACAAGGCUAGCCGUGGAGAUUUGACCCCCGAUGAAUUGAAAGAGAGACAGGCCAAGGGAAUGCAUGAUCCUGAGAUUCAAAACAUCUUAAAAGACCCAGUGAUGCAGCAGGUGUUGUCCGAUUUCCAAGAGGAUCCGAGUGCAGCGCAGGCUCACAUGAAGAACCCACUUGUCAUGAACAAAAUUCAGAAGCUGAUAAGUGCUGGAAUCGUGCAAGUCAAAUAGGCGAUCGGGGGAAAUUGGAGAUCUUUGUUCCUAAAUGAAAUGGUUAAUACGAUCGAUUACACCUUUUGAUGUUUCACUGAUUUAAUUUAAUUACUAUUCUGUAAUCGCAUUUUGUCCAUAAACUACUCUUCACUAGCUCUCGAGUUUGUCCGUACAGUUUAGAAAUUGCCAUGGCAUUUUUUUGGUGAUGUGGGCUUGGAUUUGGAAACGAUGUCGAUGAGAUACUAUUUUCCAUGGUUAGAAUACUUGUUUUGGUUCUUGAAAGUUUUGUGCUAGUAAUAUUUUGGAAGUUGUUUUUGCUGAAUGGAUAUUAUCAAAUGUCUGAAUUAUAUAUUGACUUGUAGUAAAUUUUUGAUGGGGUUUAUGAUUCUAAGUUUUAA